AUGGUUGAGGAGAGCUGGGGUGAUGACUUGGUUGACCAGGUCUGUCUCCCACGAUUCACUUUAAAUACCUCUUAUUUGAGAAUAAAUCUUCAAGGAAACACCAACUCUUUUGUCUGCAUACUCAGGCUGAAAACACCGGAUCUGCUCUUUUCGGUUGAGAACAUAAGCCACCAGGGCUGGAGAUUGCCAAAUAGAAACCUGAAAAAACCUGUGUUUGCAGGGCUGGGCCGGCUUGGAAAAUGGAGGUUGAAUAAAAAGAAAACCAAGACAAGUUGCAGAGGACCAGCUAGGCGAGCAGAGGGCCGAGACGCAGCCGGAGUCGGGCCGCAUGGCGUCAGCUCCGGGUCUGCGGGGCUGCGGGAGGCCGCCCGCGGUCCCGGGGCAGGGUGGGGGGGGGGGGCAGUCCCAGCCACGUGGUCGCUGCGGGCCCAAAGUCCAAGGGCAGCGGCAGGCGCGCCCCAGAGCCCUCUGGAGAGCGGGAGUGAAAAACCGGACAACUGCCCCCGCGUCGGCCACAGGCUCGACCCCGCCGCCGCCCUCGAAGGCCCGCGCGCGGCCGCCCCCCCACCCCCAACCACGGCGGCAGCACUCUGGGAACGGAUCCGAAAUCCACCAGGGGCUCGGCCCGCCCUUUUCUCGCGAGAGGUGGGAGGGGAAGCGGGUCGGGUGGGCGACGGAGACGUAGCCAAUGAGCGAGCGGGAAGGGCGUGA